CGAGACUUUUUUGGGCGGUCGGACUCGCCCGUAGUUCUUCAGCUCCAGCCGCCAACUCCGGAGGCGCCGCGCUUGGCCCAGGAACGGGCGAGAGGAGCGGGACCCGCGCGGCAGCUUAGAGCCCGGCGCGGGCGAUGCGGGCGCCGAGGGCGACACCUGCGGCUCCUCUCGGCGGCGGCCGUCGCCCGGGCGGCAGCAGCGCGGGCUCCACCAGCCUCGGCAGCCACAGCCGCUGCGGCCCGGGCAGCCUCCGCUUUGGUCGCCGCCUCUGAUGCGCCUGCCCACUCCCUGCCCCGCGGCUCCGGGACGAUGUGGGUCUUCGGCAUCGCGGCAACUUUUUGCGGAUUGUUCUUGCUUCCAGGCUUUGCGCUGCAAAUCCAGUGCUACCAGUGCGAAGAAUUCCAGCUCAACAACGACUGCUCCUCCCCCGAGUUCAUCGUGAAUUGCACGGUGAACGUUCAAGACAUGUGUCAGAAAGAAGUGAUGGAGCAGAGUGCGGGGAUCAUGUAUCGCAAGUCCUGUGCGUCUUCGGCCGCCUGUCUCAUCGCCUCUGCCGGGUACCAGUCCUUCUGCUCCCCGGGGAAACUGAACUCAGUGUGCAUCAGCUGCUGCAACACACCUCUGUGCAACGGGCCCAGGCCCAAGAAAAGGGGCAGCUUCGCCUCGGCCCUCAGGCCCACGCGCCCCACCACCGCCCUGCUCCUCCAAUUAGCCCUCCUCUUGGCACACUGCUGAAGCUCAAGCAGCUACCAGCCCUCCUGCCUUGUUCUUCAGGCCCCUGAGCCCCACCCCCUUGAGUUUAUUCUGAGUGUCCUUCAUUCUGGGUAGAGAAGAAGCUGUUCUAUUUUUGUUCCUUUGCAAAUAGUGCAAGAGCUCCCUGCA